AUGACAUUUUCAGAGAAAACAGACUUGCGUCCCAUCCGAUUCGUUCCUGGGUGGCUGAGCCAGCGGUUCUUUGGCCGAGAUGAAGAGCUUGCUUGGCUAGAAAGCGUGCUGGAACCUGGCAGUCCUCAUAGUUCCGACAGGCGAGUCGCGCUUUGGGGAAUGACUGGGAUUGGUAAAACGCAGCUGAUGCUGAGGUACGAGCAGAAGUUUGGUGAGACAUAUCAAGCCGCUUCGCUCUUCCUUGUCGGUGGUUCACGAGAUAAAUUCGUACAGUCCUGUCAGAAUCUUCUUGAUGUCCUUGAACUGCCCGAGCGCGAAAGACCGGAGCCUGAUAUGAAAAUUCAUGGCCUCAGAAAGUGGCUCAAUGAAACAGACGACUGGCUUCUGAUAAUCGACAAUGUCAGCAGCAGCGAGUUACCUGAUAUUCAAAAUCUGCUCGAGUCGACAAAGAAGGGUCAUGUGCUUGUAAGCUCACAGAACUUUGCUGUUGUGGACCAAAUAGUCGGCAACGAGGAGAUGUGUCGUGAGAUUCGAGAACUUAGCAAGGAGGAUGCCACGACUCUGUUCCUCACGACUAGCAACACCGAGGAAAAUAGCGAUAACAAGAUUUUGGCCGCCGAUAUUGUCAAAGAGGCUGGAUAUUUACCUCAUGUGAUUGACCAGGCCGCCUGUCAGACGAAGAAAACCGCUGGAGAGAAAUCCAGCUUUCUUCGAACCCUUCGAAGCCUAUGCUGUCUCAGAGCAAAGCCCUCGAUGACUCAGGGAAUUAAGAACAGCAAUUCUGAUGCUGGAGAGUCCUACUCUACAAUCGUUGAAGUUUGCAGAAAUCAUGCCCGUUUGGAAGAAGCAAUUGGCGAGCUUUGGAAUUUCAAUCACGUCCGAAAGACCCGCAAAAGGGGCAUCCUAUGGAUGCACGAUAUCACUCGUCAAAUGGCAAGUGACUCGAUCAAUCCGGAAGAUUAUAACAAGUGGUUGGAGUCCGCCAUAAGUAUCCUCUAUCAUACAUUUCCUGAAAGGGACCAUACGGCAGAGGACCGUGAGCUGGUUGACAUUUAUCUACCUCAAGCGACGGCACUGAUUGCCCAAGCCCAAACUCACGACCUUGAUUGCGGUAAAUACGCCGGCCUACUUGUUCUUUGUGCUCAAUGCUACCACCAUCGAGCAGAGUAUCGAAAAGCAAUCGAGUGGUAUGAAAAGGCCCAAGUGCACUACAAUAGUGUUUUUGGUGCUUCUCAUCCCAGAAGUAUCACUCUUUUGCACGAUUUAGCAUGGUGCUAUCGUGAAUCCGGAGCCCACAAACGGGCCGAAGAUAUGUUCCGCCAGACAUGGCAACUGCGGUCGGAUCAUCAGGGCCGAGACUCGCCGGAGGCUCUGGAGUCUUUGAGUGAUUUGGCUGCCCUUAUAGAGCGCUCGGGUCGAUUGAAGGAGGCCGAAAACUUGUUCGUCGAACUACAUAACCGGCAGAUCGCCACAUUUGGAGCCGAUCAUCCUAUUACAAUCGCCGGGGCGCACAAUCUCGGUCUAUGCUAUGCCAACCAGGGGCGGAUGUUGGAAGCGGAGGUGCUAUAUCGAGAGACUUUGAGUGUCUCCGAGGGGGCUCUUGGCAAAGACAAUGAGGAGACUAUCAAAACCGUUGGCAAUCUUGCGGUCACUCUGGAUCACUUCGGCAAGCUACGGGAAGCUGAGCCUCUUUACAAACGUGCUCUUGAGACGUACACUCGACUCUUUGGUUAUGAUCACCUACUGUCUCUGCGAGUCCGGAGCAACAUAUCCGGGCUCUACAGGCAGCAAGGUCGCUUCAGGGAAGCGGAAAGCGUGAUCAGGGAGGUACUCGCGGUAUCCUUAAAAACACUGGGCAAGAGUCAUUGCCACGUCGCAGAGGCGAUGUAUGACAUCGCAGAGGUUCUUCACGAUCAAGGAAGUCUAUACGAUGCAAGGAAUAUAUACGAAGCUUGCAUUGAUAUGUGGGAGUUUGAAGCACCUGGUCACCCCUUGCAAUUCCGUGUCAUGGACGCAGCUGGUAUUCUGGAACGUGAGCGAGGGGAGCUUAAAAAAUCUCGCAGCUGGGCAGAGAGGGCCUACAAAGACAACUUGAAGCUCCUGGGCUGGCUCGACCCUUAUACUCUAGUGGCAGCAAACAACUAUGCUGAGCUUCUUCACGCUGAAGGGCAGUACGCGGAAGCAUCACAUCUCUACCACGAUUGCCUUCAAGGGUUCGAGGAGCUCUUGGGGGAUAAGCAUCCGCAUUGUUUCAUGGUUUUGAACAAUCUUGGAAGAUUAUCAUGGGCGAUGGCAGACAGAGACGCAUUGCCAUUCUUUUCUCAGGCAUGGGAAGGGCUCAAAGUCCUGCUCGGGGAGACGCACUUUUGCACGUUGACCGUCCAACUCAAUUUGGCUCGUACACACCUCGCCGCUGGAGAAUUCGAAACUGCAUCCGCUCAUAUGCUCAAAAUUAGGGAGGCUUAUAUGCAGAAGGUCGAGGUCGACCAUCCCAGGCUUGGUGUCGUGGAGUUCUUCCUUGGCAUAUUGUCAGCUGCUGAGGGAAGUCCGGAUUCUUUCACAGCGGCUGUGGCGCAUUUCAAAGCAGCAGAGGAGAACUAUAUACGGACACUGGGCGCAUCUCACCCGAAUUAUCUCUGGGCAAGAUGUAUGCUCAUUCGGACCCUCAAAAGCUGUGGUAGAACCGAAGAGGCCAACGUUUGUCUUUCGAAUAUUGAGCCUCAUUUCCUGCUUGACGUUCAUAAUGGGGCUAUGAAUUCAGGCCUCGGAAAGCUGACAUUUCGAAAUGUGAUUUCUAUGGAGUCGAGAGAGUUGGAUUGGAUUCGGCUCAUCCAGAUCCCGUUCGGGGAGACUAUCAGAUUACGAUGGGGCCGGAAGACAGUUUGGAGGAUGUGGAUAGAGCCUGAUUUGAACAAGCUACAUAGCUAG